AUGCAAGCAAGCUGGAGGCGUUUUAAUUCCCUCUUUACAAACAGAAAGUACGUCACAUGGAGUGAUCAUAUACCGCGAAGCAAACAUCACAUGAACACUGGCUUUGGCUGUCCCGCUUCACCUGCACCCGCGGUUCAGGUUCACACUACAUUCAAAAAGGCGUUCACUUUCUUCAAAAUUAUCCAGCCCAAGCCUCAGAUGACGACCUUAUAUGUGUCAAUGCAUAUUGGGCCUUCUACUUUCAGUACGUUAGUCUUUCAAAUCGAUCAGCCCGAUAGUGCAGAAGCAAGUCCUCUAAUUCAACUCAAAUCACCGCCCUGGUGA